AAUCAUGAGUGACCGAAAGGCAGUGAUCAAGAAUGCGGACAUGUCAGAGGAGAUGCAGCAAGAUGCUGUGGAGUGUGCUACACAGGCCUUGGAGAAGUACAACAUCGAGAAGGACAUCGCUGCUCACAUAAAGAAGGAGUUUGACAAGAAAUACAACCCCACUUGGCACUGCAUCGUGGGAAGGAACUUUGGCAGCUACGUCACUCAUGAGACCAAGCACUUCAUCUACUUCUACCUCGGCCAAGUCGCUAUUCUUCUCUUCAAGUCUGGGUAGAGCCAUGGACUGUUACUGAAACUUGCAUCUGGUUACAGGACUGUGCUGACUCCUCUGACUAGUUAUUGCAGCCUUCCCGAGGACACAGACCUUGAUCUUCAAGGGCAAUGGCAGGGAUUAUGCUAUAGCAGAUGAUACUACAUUGUGGAUAUAAAAAGAAAAAAUACCAAAAAA